AUGGCUAUCUUCAAUGCAACCGCGCGCCAGACAGCGAACAAAGGGGAGAAUAGACCAUCGAAAGGGACAAUAAUCUGUAUAUUUCCUAAGCUGAACCAUCGGCCCCUGAAGCUCGAGCAGGGAGAAAUUGGCUUUCUCGAAUUAAAGCCAUUGGGCAUUCACAGAAGCAACUCCUGUCCAAGGUCAAUUCUCACGGUAGCUUGGUCGAUUCUACUCACCAGGUAUACAGAUACCAAUCCAGUUGUGUUUGCUACUGUCACCAAAUUUCAGGACAAGGAUAGACUUGAUACCGGCCAUUGUUUGGAGCAAUGGGUUGGCUCCAUCGACGAGCAGAAGACAGGAUUGCUUGCGGUUUCUUUGAGUCGAAUCGAGGACUCGGGGUAUAGUGCCAGCUUCAACACCUGUCUGCUCUUUGGGCCUUGUCAACCAUCACAGGGCUAUGACGGCCUGCAGGGGUCAGAGAUUAUAGCUAUUCUGGAUGAAAGCACAGCGACUCCACGCAUCGCGCUCCAGUACUCUCGAUAUACCGUGGACGAUGUCCAGGCUCAAAACCUGGCGAGCGAGUUGGAACGAAUUUUGAUGUCGCUUAUUGAAGAGCCGCAAUGCACGUUAGCCGACCAUAACUCAAUUAUUAGUAACCACCACCUGCAGCAAAUUAUCUCGUGGAACAGCCAAGCACCAUCGGAACCUCUGGAUACGAACAUCCCGACACUCAUCCGCCAGCAGUGUUUGAUGCGCCCGAACUCCCAGGCAGUGUGCUCCUGGGACGGUAAUUUAACGUAUCGAGAGCUGGACAGGCUCUCGUCCAUCGUGCAGGCCAAACUGUUGGAUCGUGGAAUUGGACCAGGCACAAUCGUUCCCUUGCAGUUUGAAAAGAGCAAAUGGACUCCUGUUGCGAUCUUUGGCGCACUCAAGGCUGGAGCAGCGUUUGUCUUGCUGGACCCGUCCUAUCCUCGCAGCCGGACAGAAGCAAUUUGCAGGGAUAUCGAGGCCACAGUCAUCCUAUGCUCUUCUGAGCACCGCACCACCAGCUCCAGUUUCGUCAGCUCUGUUAUUGUCGUGGAUAGCACCAUCGAAGAUGGCGAAAAGGUACACGCACCUCGCCAGACGCCAGUCAGGCCUGAUGAUGUUGCCUACAUUGCAUACACCUCAGGUUCGACGGGAGUCCCUAAGGGAAUAAUGAUAGAGCAUGCUUCAUUUUGUUUAAACUCGAUAUCCAGCAGCAACGCGCAUAACCUCGACCAUUCAUCGCGAGUUCUGCAGUUCGCAUCAUAUGCGUUCGAUGUGAGCAUCCACGAGAAUCUAACUCCAUUGAUUUUGGGUGGAUGUGUCUGUAUACCCUCAGAAUCGCAACGAGUCAAUCAACUUAAGGAUGCUAUAGUUGAGCUGGCCGUUAACUGGAUGGAACUGACACCCUCUGUGGCCCGCCUUCUGCGACCAGAAGAUAUUCCAUCUGUGAAAACGUUGGUCCUCGGAGGAGAGGCUAUGCUUCCGGCAGACAUCUCCAUGUGGAGCAAUAACCUACGUUUGAUAUGUGCCUACGGUCCUGCAGAGUGUACUGUGGUGUCUACAGUCCUGUCAGAAGACUGUCAGCCUGGAAACAUUGGUCGUUCAUAUGCGGGAACAUGCUGGAUUGUGGACAAAGAUAACCAUCAUCAACUUGUACCAAUCGGUGUUACCGGCGAACUAGUCAUCGGAGGCUUCAUUGUCGGCCGGGGAUACUUGAAUCGGCCGCAACAGACAGCUUCCGCCUUCAUCCAGAACGCAGACUGGAUGCCGAAAGUGUUACCAACCAAUGGAAAUAUGAGGCUCUACAAGACUGGAGACCUAGCCCGAUAUAACUCAGAUGGAACUAUAAUGUGCCAAGGCCGAAAGGACACACAGGUGAAGCUUCAUGGACAGAGAAUUGAACUCGGCGAUGUGGAACAUCAUACACAGAAAUGGUUCCCAGACUCCGUUGUGGCUGCAGAGGUGGUUGUUCCAGCUAACCAGAAAGAGAAAUCCCCGUCGCUAGUAUUGUUUGUUGCGGAAGAACAGACAGUAGACAUCGAAGAACAUCUGGGUGAUUCUUCAAGCUCUCUCAUUCAGCCGUUGAAUGAGGGCUUUCGAAAAACUGCUCAGGGUAUGAAAGACAAGCUACGAGACGAACUUCCAAGAUACAUGAUCCCCUCAGCCGUAAUUCCCCUUGUCAAAAUGCCUCUUUCACGAACAGGGAAGAUUGAUAGGAAGAUGUUGAGGAAUGCGGUCGCAAGCCUCCCAGAGUCAGAGUUUCUACUAUAUCGGUCCGCCCUUCAAAAACCUUCCAUUACGGAUAACUUGGACUUGGGUAGCCUGAAAGCAGCCCCUACCACUGAUUCUGAACGUCUUCUACAAAAGCUAUACGCGAAAGUGCUUGGGUUGUCCGAAAAUGAGGUUGGAAGGGAAGAUGGUUUCUUCGAACUCGGCGGAGACUCGAUUCGUGCUAUUACACUUGUUGGUAUGGCCAGAGAGAAAUACAACCUACAAAUUAGUGUUACCUCCUUAUUUGCCACUCCCACGAUUCAUGAAAUGGCACAAACCAUAGAGGCCGUUGCUCCGGAAUCAAUGCAAAGUUGGACCCCCUUUUCCAUGCUGGAGGCAUCAGAGUUGCAAGCAGCUACUGAACAGGCGGUCGAACAAUGUCAGGUCAGUCAAGACGAAAUUGAAGACAUAUAUGGCUGUACACCCUUGCAGGAAGGGCUCAUGGCUUGGAGUGCAAGGAAUCCCGGCUCCUUCCAAGCACGAUUUAUUUUCCGCCUUCCUAAGGCUAUCGAUACCCAAAAAUUCUAUCAGUCCUGGUGUCAUGCCUUCAAUGAAACUCCUAUAUUGCGCACUCGCAUCGUCCAGACAGGUACUUCUCUCCAAGCUUUGCAAGUAAUUGUUAAGGACAAAUUGAGAUGGUUUGCUUCCGAUGUGGGACAUGAGGUAGCUGCGGACCCGAUGUCUUAUGGAACGCCUCUUGUCAGAUGUAUCAUGAACAACGGUUGUCAUGAGGAGAAUGAAGGCCCGGUCUUCAUUUUAGAAAUGCACCAUGCCCUCUUUGAUAGAUGGAGUUAUGAGCAAAUUCUACAAAUCGUUGAAGCGGCCUACGAGAGUAGGACUGUCGAACUACGCCCAUUUGCUCCAUUUGUACACCACCUAUCGGCCGUAAAUCCCGAACAUACCAAAACAUUUUGGAAGAAUGAAUUCCAAACCUUACAAGCUCCAGUAUUCCCUCUCCGUAUGCCUGAGGGAUAUGUACCCAAAGAAAUAACUGUGGCCAGUAGGGACAUUCCACUUGGAAUUUCGAUUGCAAAGGGGGGUUUUACAGCAUCAAGUCUGAUUCGCUUAUCUUGGGCAAUGUUAAUAGCGCAGGAUACCCAGUCAAAUGACGUUGUUUAUGGAAACACAGUAACAGGUAGAAAUGCACCUGUCUCUGGAAUUGAAAAAAUCGUUGGUCCAACGAUUGCAACUUUCCCGGUCCGCACUGUACUUGACCGGAAUGAUAGUAUCACCAGGGCUCUGGGGAAAAUCCAAAACCAUGCGGCGGCCUUAAUACCGUUUGAACAGACCGCGAUGCAGACAAUUCGAACUUGCAGCCCUGAAGCGUCGACCGCUUGCGAUUUCCAGAGUUUGCUCGUGAUCCAGCCCUCUGCGCAGAAUAGCCAAAACUCUUCAAGCUGGCUUCUAAAGCUUGGAGAGUCGCUCGAGGACGAGACGAAGUUCAGCACUUAUGUUCUGACUGUGAUAUGCGAACUUGGCAUCGAGUCUGUGUCAGUAAGAGCCAUAUUUGACUCUGCUGUUUUAUCAUCGGACAAAGUGAACACUAUGCUAGGACAAUUAGAAUACCUCUUAAACCGACUAGCAAAUACCCUGGGUGAUCAAACCGUGGGCGGGAUAAUGGAUACUUGCAAACUUGGCCGUUCAGUUCAUGAUGAAUGCAAAGUGGAACAACUCAAUUCCCAGAAAACCCGACUGGCAACUAUUGAAGCAGCUGCCCGAAACCUCCUUGGGAACAGGCACGUGUAUGCUGAGAUGAUAACCCCAAAGCUGAUGUCAACACCCAGGUUGGCCCUUCUUGUGCCGUGUAAUGGCCAGAACCCUGAGAGGGGGGACGUUGCUCUUCCCAAUAACUGUUUUCUUUUGGCUUCCCCAAAUCCCGAUUCAAAGAAGACAUUAAUACUUUUAAAACGUCAGCUUCACACGAUAGUCCCGUUUGUUACAGCACCUCCUAUGUGCAUUCCACUUGGCUGCUUAUGGGAUAAUGGCAUUCGUGAGCAAGACCGUCAGGAUUUGAGAGAAGCUCUAACACAGCUGACUUCCAACGAAAUUGAGGCUUGGAUGUGGAAAUCUGGCCGUCAGCAACCGCAAUCUGAAGCUGAAAAGAAGCUUGUGUCAAUUAUCUCUAAGGUCUUGCAUUUGAACCCGGAAGAAAUCGGGGUCGACGAGGAUUUUUUUACCCUGGGAGGUGAUUCCAUUUCAGCCAUGCAAGUAGUGUCACAAUGUCAACGUGACAACCUCUCGAUCACCGCAGUUGACAUUUUCGAAGGAAGGACGGUCAGUCUCAUAACGGAGAGAUCAAAGCAGGCUGCCAAUACCCCAGCAUCAAUGAGCCCAGCGAGUUACAGGCGGACGGAACGUUUUGAGUGGGAGGUGGAAAAUCUGUUAGGGUCUUCAACAGCAACAAAUAUCGAGGAAGUAUACCCAUGCACACCGCACCACGAAGGGUUAGUUAUUCCUCAGCUGGGGAAUGACGCCUACGUCUCUCACACGAUAUGGAAAGUUGAGUGGAUAGGGCCAUCAAAACGGAUCGAUCCAGUCCAGCUUCAAAAGGCAUGGCAUCAGCUCACACAGCGCCAUGCCGUUUUGAGGACGAUAUUAGUUGAGGCUGCCCUUGAUGACGCUGAAGGCGGCACCUUGACGCAUGUUGUACUCGAUUCCUACCCCCGCGAAGUGGAAAUACUUUCCAGUACAGAUGGUGAAGCCAUGCGCCUACUACAUCAACCAAGGUUAAAUUCCUCCAAGAAUGAUGGCCCCGUUCUUCCGCACAGCUUUACUAUUUGCCAAACCAAUACCGGGCAAGUCUACUGUAAGAUGGAAGGCAAGCAUGCCAUUAUCGAUGCUGUCUCCGUGCUAUUACUUCUCAAAGAUCUUGCGAUAGCAUAUGAGGGGAAGCUUCCAUCCAGGCCCGGGCCAGAAUAUAGCUCUUGGGUCUCAUAUGCCCUUUCUCUGCCCGACUGCAUGGACUUCUGGCUUAAAUACCUUGCUGGUGCAAAGCCGUGCCACUUUCCGCGGCUACCGAGAGAAAUUCAGCCUGUUCCGGGAUGCCUUAAUUCGGUCGAAGUGAGCCUGGGACACCCUAGCCCGCCGAGAAAGCUCUGUGCUCUGAACAGUCUAACGAUCACGAACCUGCUCCAGGUUGCCUGGGGUGUUGUACUUCGACAUCACACAGGCUCUGACGAUGUGUGCUUUGGUACCUUGGUAACAGGCAGGGAGGCACCAUUGCAGGGAGUACAUGACAUUGUUGGUUCUUUAUUCAACGUCCUUGCAUGCCGGCUCACACUAAGUAAGAAUAUGUCCUUACGAGAGUGUCUGCAAGAGAAUCAAGUGGCAAUGGCAAGCCGUUUGUCGAACCAGUACUGCUCGCUGCUUGAUGUGAUGCGACGUAUAGAUAGCAGCAGACCACUGUUUAACACGUGUCUGUCUGUAGAACAGCCGCUAUCAAAUAAUAGCCAGAAGGAACCAGGCAUCCACUUUGAAGCACUCGAGACCCGUGAAGCUACGGAGUAUGACAUUGUCACUGUGGUCACUGUUGGUGAAGCAGAGAUGACAGCAAAUAUAACCUACUGGUCAUCUGCUCUGACUAGGGAACAGGCCAUCGCAGUUGGAAGAGAGUUCCGGCUUGCCAUUUCGACCAUUACUGAGAAUAUUCGGUAG